UCGUAGCCUGCGGCGGCAGCUAGUCGGCCACCAGCACGUUGUUUUCACGGCAAAAUUGGCAAUACCGCCUCGCACUAUUUCCGAGACACAGAGCACAACGGCCUUGUGCAGUGUACCCACCACAAGUGGGAGCCCAAGUUGGUAGUGCUCGUGCUUGUCCAGAGCACAGCGCACCGGAUUUGACUAGCAGAGUCGUCGCCGAGUUUAGCGUUCUCUGCAACCUCCUCCUUUCCUUCUAUACAUCCCCUCCUUCUUCCUUCUCCGAUCAGCACAAACACGUCCAUCCAUCGUCGCUCGUACUACUUCCGAUCUUGUUUGCCCAUGAAUCCCCUGCACAUACCCCUCGGCCUUCUUCUCCUUGCUUCGGUGCAAGCUCCAGCUCCCGCUGCAGGCGCAACAACCGAUACUCUCGUGGCAGGCCAGGCGCUCGCCGUCGGCGACAGGCUCGUCUCCAGCAACGGCAAGUUCGCGCUCGGCUUCUUCCAGCCAACAGACCCCGUCACCAGUAAGUCCGGCAACACCACCUCCCCCAGCUGGUACCUCGGCAUAUGGUUCAACAACAUCCCAGUUUUCACGACCGUUUGGGUCGCCAACAGAGAGCAGCCAAUCACUGACCCCAAGCUAACACAGCUGAAGAUCUCGAGCGAUGGCAACCUCACCAUCGUGAGCCAUGGCAGUCCUGAAUCCAUAGUCUGGUCCACUCACAUUGUUGCCAAUAGGACAACAGGAGCCGGCACAAACACCACCAGCGCCGUUCUCCUGGACACUGGGAACCUCGCCCUCCUAGGAAGCCCAUCAUCCAAUGUCACCUUGUGGCAGAGCUUCGACUACCCGACCGACGUGGUGCUCCCAGGAGCCAAGUUCGGCAGGAACAAGCUCACCGGCUUCAGCCGUCGGGCCGUCACGAGGAAGAGCCUCAUCGAUCCGGACCUCGGCUCCUACUCCAUCGAGAUCGACACCAGCGGGGUGGUCCUCAAGCACCGCAACCCGUCGGUCAUGUACUGGCGCUGGGCGUCCGGAGCGUCAACUCUGAAGCUCAUACCGAUACUCAAGACUAUGCUGCAAUCCAAUCCACAGACAAAAGGCUUGAUUGACCCCACAUACGUUGAUGAUGAUGAAGAGGAGUACUACAUGUACACUUCACUGGAUAACUCGUCCUUGACAUUCGUCUCGCUGGACAUCUCCGGCCAGAUCAAGAUGAAUGUUUGGUCACAGGCUGAACAGUCCUGGCAAGCCAUAUUUGCUCAACCUGCUGAUCCCUGCACUCCGUAUGCGACCUGCGGGCCGUUCACGACUUGCAAUGGCACCUCCCGUCCAUUCUGUGACUGUAUGGAGAGCUUCUCCCAGAAGUCACUGCAGGAUUGGGCGCUUGAUGAUCGAACUGGAGGCUGCACCAGAAACACCCAGUUACAUUGCACUAGUAGUGAGAAGAACACAACAAGCUCGACAGAUGGUUUCCACCCCAUUGCUCAUGUUACACUGCCCUAUAACCCCCAAAGCAUAGAUGGUGCGACCAAUCAGAGCAAAUGUGAAGAAGCUUGCCUCAGUUCCUGCUCCUGCACUGCUUAUUCCUACAACAGUAGCAGAUGCUUCGUCUGGCAUGGGGAGUUGUUUAGUGUAAAUAAGAAUGAUGGCAUCGACAAUAAUUCCGAAGAUGUUCUUUAUCUUCGCCUUGCCGCCAAUGAUUCGCCAAGUCUGAGAAGAAACAAAGGAAAAUCAAGCAUUGGAGUUGUUAUUGCAGCAAGCAUAAUGGGUGUUGGGUUACUAAUCCUCAUGCUGUUGUUCAGAAAAAAAUUCAAGUGGUGUGGCACGCCAUCAUACGACAGUCAAGGUGAUGGUGGAAUUAUAGCCUUUCGAUACACUGAUUUAGGUCAUGCUACUAAAAAUUUCUCGGAAAAGCUUGGAGCAGGUGGUUUUGGCUGUGUAUUCAAGGGAACACUAAGUGACUCGACUGCUAUAGCAGUGAAAAGGCUUGAUGGUGCCCGUCAGGGAGAAAAGCAAUUCAGGGCUGAGGUGAGUUCACUUGGGCUGAUCCAACAUAUCAACCUAGUCAAAUUGAUUGGCUUCUGCUGUGAAGGUGAUAAGAGGCUACUUGUGUAUGAACACAUGUCAAAUGGCUCUCUCGACGCCCAUCUAUUUCAGGGCAAUGCUGCUGCCCUAAAUUGGAACACCAGGCACCAAAUAGUCCUUGGAGUUGCUAGAGGACUAUCCUACUUGCAUCAGAGUUGCCGAGAAUGCAUCAUACACUGUGAUAUUAAGCCACAAAACAUACUUCUAGAUGGAUCAUUUGUUCCUAAAAUUGCAGACUUUGGGAUGGCAGCAUUUGUAGGAAGGGACUUUAGCAGGGUUCUGACUACAUUUAGAGGAACUGCAGGGUACCUUGCCCCUGAGUGGCUUGGGGGAGUAGCUAUUACAUCAAAAGUUGAUGUUUACAGCUUUGGUAUGGUACUGUUGGAAAUCAUAUCAGGUAGGAGAAAUUCACCUGAAGCAUAUAGUAGCGUCAAUUACCAAAUUGAAUAUUUCCCUGUGCAAGCUAUCAGCAAGCUUCACGAGGGAGACGUGCAAGGUCUGGUGGAUCCACAGUUACAUGGUGACUUCAAUUUGAAAGAGGCUGAAAGGGUUUGCAAAGUUGCAUUUUGGUGCAUCCAAGAUAAUGAGCUUCAUCGGCCGACAAUGGGUGAAGUGGUUCGUGUUCUUGAGGGUCUACAGGAGAUAGAUAUGCCCCCAGUGCCAAGGCUGCUUGCAGCUAUCACGCAAGGCCCUGGAUCUGUCACGGAAGGCUCUGAUGCAUCUUUGAUGUCAUGAUUUAUAAAUACUCUGUAGUUGAUGCUACAAAACUUUGUUUUUAGCAAAUUUUAAUGCUCAAAUUUGGAACAGAAUGAAUAGAGGAGGUCUGCAAUUGCUAAACCAUAUGGGUUCUUGUGUUCCCUCGUUCUCUUAUUUUACAAUUUAUUGAUCGAAUAUGUGAUGCAAACACUGUACUCCUUAAUAUUUUCAACUGGAGUAGCAAA